GCUUAGGGAAAAUUGAGAGACACCCAACACAUAAAAGCAAAUUAUGGUAAUAAAAUCUUCAUUUUCUGUCAUCCUUUGCUGCUCUCUCUUGGCUGCCGUCUUCUUCUUAUAUGAAACAGGCUCUCGUAAACUUAUGGUGGUUUCAGAUGGGAACGGACGGAGCAAAGCGGCUGUAAAAAGAAGCCACUCAAAACGAGCAUCAUCUUGGGCUGGCUACAAUGUACCUCCACACUCAACUCUCUCGGGAACUGGAAGUCACGCUGCCAAGUUACCAUGCUCAGGGUCUUAUAGUAAUUGUAUUCCUAAAGCUAGUAAAGCAAAACCAAAGGGCACGGGAACUUAUGUUAGGGGCCUUUAAUAUAAAAAUAAAAUCAUAAGAGGGACUCAAAUUAAAUUAUAAA